AUGUCUCGCCCCAUCACCAACACGCACACCACUUCAACCAUUGAGGGUAUUGCCUGUGAGUAUCAAUCUGGGAAGGUUAUUGUUGCCCAAGCCCCAAACCCGAACUCUGAAGUGGUGAUUGGCACGCCCACAGGGGCUACUAGGGCACUUGAUGCCUCUGUUGCCACGGAUGGCAUUUCAGAUGCCCAGAGGGCAUGGUACGCGCUUCUGGACGACCACAAGGCUGGCCAGUCCGAAGCGCAGCGCAUGUUGAUGAGCGCAUGUGAAAAGUCAGCGUCGGGUUGGAAGCAUCUCUUCCCACUGAGUGUGUUUGAGCGGGUGACCGAGUUCCUGAAAAAGGACGUGUUUGGUUUCGGCGUGGACGCGGAGGUGAUUUUCGGCAAGGAAGCCCCCAAGGUACAGUUGAUGAGGCGUCUAGGGAGCGGAAGCUUUGGUAGUGUUUUCGAAGUUGCCGACCGCGCUGGGAAGCGGCUGGCCAUGAAAGUUUGCGUGAACAGCGCGAAUGAGCGGUCAGCGUGGAGCCAGGAGGUGCGUUUUGGCGCUGUUCUUGCAAAUGUUCCAGGUAUGGUACAUGUGCGCGAGACGGCGUGUACUUCCGACUUUCUCUUUGUCGUGUUGGAUCUCGGGCAGGGGACGCUCCAGAGGGAGCUUGUGGAUGGCGCGAUGACCCUGCGUCGGCGCUUGUUUGUGGCCACGAAACUCUCACUUGCAGUUUCGUCCUUGCAGGAGCGCUGCAUCUUCCAUCUCGACCUCAAGCCCGAGAAUGUCGUCAUCGUCCGCCCCGAAAACGCCAACCGGGACACCGAGCCCCGCAUCAUCGACUUUGGCCUUUCGCUCUCCUCCCUCGGCCCAAUCUCUGCUACACGGCGUGGUACCCUUCGUUACCAUGCACCCGAAGUGGCAGCCGCUGGGCUUGUUACUUCCGGAGCCGACGUGUGGGCUUUGGGACUGAUGCUGUGGGAAAUCGUCGCUUCGCCAUCCCACUGCCUCCGUGAGCUGGGGUAUCGCGCGCGCCAGCCACAGGAUAUGGCAGAGUGGCGCUUGCUUAACCGUUGCAGGGGUCAUGACUACCUGAUGAAGCGUGAGUACCUCAUCACUCGUACCCUGCAGAGAGGCCCCACCGAGGCAUGGUUCACGGCCCCCGUGUGGGCGACGGAUAUUGGGCGCCACAUGCGCAUGUACGUUGAGGCGUGCCUGGUUGUAGACCCGAUGCGUAGAGCGCCAGCCGGAUAUGUUGCGCAGGGACUUUCGAAUUUCUGGAAUCACGUGAACAGCACCCAGGAUGCGCCAACCUAG